AUUUCAUAGAGUAAUUUCCUCUUGUAAAUGUUGCUAGACGUGUGCUGUGAGAUUUAGUACAAAAAUAAGUAAUAGUGAUUGGCACCACUGGUGGUGUUCACAUCAAAAAAAUGAAAGACUGGAGCAGUUUAUUCCCUAAUAAAGAAUCCUUCAUUGUUUUUACAUUGUACAUAGUACUGUUUGUCUUUCAGGGCGUAUUUGUAACUGCUUCAAAGGCAGACAAUGGUGGAUAUGACUAUAACACGACUCUCGUUGUGUUCUUAUCAGAACUACUCAAGCUCAUUGUGUCUGCGACGUUAUACUCUUACAGGAGGCAGCAAAAACCGCAUCUGUUCAAAGCGCUAGUCAAAAAUUACCAGCUACUGCUACUAUACUUCAUCCCGUCGCUACUAUACUGUUUCUACAACAACUUGGCGUUCAUCAACUUGUCGCACUACGACCCAACGUCAUACUACAUUUUAUUGCAAUUCCGGGUAGUACUCACUGCGCUAAUAUUCCAGUGUUUGUUCAAGAAGAACCUUUCACUUUUCCAAUGGAUAUCACUGGGCAUUCUCACGAUUGGUUGCAUCAUAAAGAACUUCGACACCGCGAAUAUAUCGCACAGCUCGGAUAUCUGGUCACAAAUAUUCAACUUUUACUUCUUAUCAAUUAAUUUUCAAAACUUCUGUUCUUGUCUAGCGGGCACAUAUAACGAAUAUUUACUCAAAACAAAAGGCUCAAACGUAGACAUAUUCCUGCAUAACGUGUUCAUGUAUUUAGAUUCAGUGCUAUGCAACUUCUUUAUUCUACUUUGCAAAGGGGAAGUGCAAAAUAUGUUGCAGGAUUUUCAAUCACUUGGCGACAUUUUUGUUUUACUUAUUACAAUAAAUAGUGCUGUAGUUGGCAUAGUUACGAGCUUCUUUUUAAAGAAUUUAAAUUCAAUUUUAAAAACUUACGCCAGCGCGUUAGAACUAGUGAUAACAGCUGUAGCGUGUUACAUUAUAUUUCAUAUCGCCAUUACGUGGUACACAGUAGUAUCUAUUUGCCUAGUGAGUAUCGCAGUAGCCAUGUAUUUUAAAAGUCCAGUAAAUAACGCAAAUUCUAAUGGUACUGUAGAUAAAGACAAGAAACCGCUUUUAGAAAUAGUAACCGAGGAUUAGUUUGAAUUAUUUAUUGUAGGAUAUAAAAUGUUCCGUUCUACCAAUUUUGGUUCAGAACACUAAAGCAAAAACCUCGUUUAAAACAUCGUUUGUUUAUACAGAGUGCUUUAUACUAUUCUGGUACAAUUUUGUAUGGUUCUACACGUUUCGAAUGUUAACGCAUGAAGGGUUAUAAACAAUACUCGGAACAUCAGUCGCGUGUUUGAAAUGAGUAGAUAAAUGUUCAAAUUUUCGAAUUCCGGAUUUCCGGAAAUAGCUUUACUGCAUAGUAAGAUAAAAUUCCUCACUUAGAAAGGGGAAGUUGUAUUUAAAAGUAAUACUGGGAGCACUAUGUAAAGAAAUGUAGUAGUUAAUUAACCUU